AUGUCUACACUAGCAAGUAACCAGAGCUCUGGUAAUAUAUGGAGUAAGUUUAGAACAUCUACAAAAUCUUUAUCUUCGUCAUUCGCAAAUUUAUCGCUAAAAACUGAAACUGAUGGUGAUUCACCUACAAGCACCGUCGUCCAUAAAGCUUUGGUAAAAUAUUAUAAGCAUCAGGAACCUUUCACAGGCUUUCCAGGUUGGUUGGGACAUAAGGAAGAUCUUCCAAGUGAACAAAAAAUCCUUCAAAAACAAAAUGAGCAUAUAGCAAAACAGAAUAGACCUUCCAAGUUUGCUAAUAUAAGGAGAGCAGCUACUGAUAUUAAAGCACAUCAUUUGUCUUCCUCCUCUCAGGAACCAGAUUUAGUACACCAUCGUACAACCGCCGGAAGGGAGAUGCAUAAUAUCUAUAAUAAGGAUAGCUCUAGUUCUUAUACAGAUGACUUCAGCUCUAGAGAGUUUACAAGUACCGCCGCCCCAUUGAGAUCUUCAUCGAGUAGAGGACCACGUGUAGCAAGGCCAAUGUGGACAGACUCUACUCCAGCAUCACACAUGCCAUCAGGUGCAAAUGAAAGCAGCAACCGUGAAACAACUCCGACAUCCUCUCAGUUGAUGACUGCCAGACUUCAACAGAGAAGAACGCAGUUUUAG